GUGGGAGUUAAUUAUUAGAAGUCACUAGGACCUCCCCUUUCCUUUGUUCUUCCUUGUGGACCUUGUACAUGGACUACAUUCAUGUCUUCAGAAUAUCCUCUACAUGUCUCUUUCUCUCCAAAUGGGACCUCGUUCAAACGGACUUUUGAACAGUUUGGUUACGAUUCAAGUCCCCCAAUGUCUAGCGCUAUCCAAGCCAGCGGCAGUGGUUCAGCAACCCAUAAUGCCCCGGCGGGCUCAAGUAGCAACACUAGCGGAAACGAAAGAAACAAGAGGGCAAGGAGUACCAGCAGUUCAUCUGUUAGCAAUAGCUCUGCAGAUUCUUCCAGGUCCUCCGAAUACAGUACAGCGCGAUCGAGUACCUCGCUGAGCGAGAGCUCUACUACCAACGACCAUAACCUCUCUCUUGAUCAGAACAGGAGAUCACCAACUUAUCAGCUUGCUUCAAUUGCUUCUACUACGAGCACCUUGACCUCACCAUCGCCUGCACUACCGGGCACCGAACCUCAGGAUGAGGUCAUGUCGGAUGGCUCUGGUUUUGCCUUGGAGAUCCCACGUCCCACACCUGUGCCAGAAGUAGCAUCAUCUACCACAACACAUGACACUAUUAGCAGCUCCAUAGAGCGUUUCAACGAAUUCGAUAGUCAUAUUGCAGCCCUCCGCCGUUCACAUUCACGUACCCCAUCUUGGCUCCCUGCCCCAUCUCCCGUACUUUCCCCGCUCGAAUCAUCCAACCAUACUACCGAGGCAUUUGAUAGCUGGGACUGGACUCAUUUUGGAGCUUCACCGGGCCAGUCACAGACAUCUGGGGAGGAUCGCCGACGUCGAUAUUCUACAGAUGCAACAACUUCCAUUGCGUCUGCGGGUACAUACGCUGCGGUUUCCAGGCAGGGUGACUCGUUAUCUUUCCAAACAUCAGAUGUCUUAUCACGUCCCGGCUAUACUGCCUCAUCAAGUAAUGCUUCCAAUUCUACAUCGUCAUCGGCCACCCCUCCUCAUCCGUCAUACCGCACAUCCUCAUCAGCUUCUUCAUCAGCAAGGACGGCCACAUUUUCCAGAGAAUCUGACCAGUUUACCAGCGGCUUCACUGGAUCGGUCGCUUCCAUACCAUCAGUCCUGCAACCUGGAAGAAACAAUACUGAUGCCCUAAGUGGACUCGACGGCAGGCAAGAUGUCCAUCAAGGGUCAGGUUCUAGCUCAUCCAAUUUGUCAUGGGCUGCCUUCGCUUCCUCUCGUCCCUCUUCGCCUGCCGCGCCAUCCCCAGAUGUAGUCACACGCCCAGGAUUCCUUGACAGCGUCUUCGAACCAGUACCUGGUACUAGGGCAUAUGCCGCAAGGCGUAGUGCUCAUUCAGAUACCGACUGGAGAUCCACGAGUUCUGCGCGUACUACGUCAGCAAGUACUUCAACGUCAUCCUCUGCAUUUGAUGACUCCAUUUCUCGCUUCGACAUUGCUAACGAGGAACGGCACCAAGAUACCUCGAACACAUUCGAGGAUAACAACCCACCACCUUCCGGCUCAUUGCAAGAGCUCACUGCACGUGCUAGGGCGGCUAUCGAACGCUCGCGUAACUCAAGUAUGACAACGUUAGCAAGUACUUCGACGUCAUCCUCUGCGUUUGAUGACUCCAUUUCUCGCUUCUACGUUGCUAACGAGGAACGGCACCAGGGUACCUCGAACACAUUCGACGACAACAACCCGCCACCUUCCGGCUCAUUACAAGAGUUCACUACACGUACUAGGGCGGCUAUCGAACGCUCGCGCAACUCAAUUCGCCCUCUCUCGGAGGCUUUCGAUACGUUUGCCAGAGAGCAGACAGCUGAAGAUUCUAACGAACCAGAAUUGUCAUUUGACCGUUUCUUGACGGAUUUCGAUGGAGAGGAUACCAUUGAUCUAUUUGACGAGAGAAGGCGCAGGGUGAUGGGUCGUAACCGUUAUAACAUUGCCGGCGAAGACGAUGAUGAUGACACCUCCCAUCCCGAUAGUGUACGUGAUAUCAUCCAAGGUCUUCACAAUGCCCGCGGUCUGCUCGAGCGUGGCGUAGAAACUGCUCGUUCGUUGUCCGGGACGCCUCCCCGACCUGAGCCCAAUCCUCCACCUCCGCCUCGCUACCGCCUUCACUCCCGCUUGUAUACUUCCGCCACGACGGUGUCUAGCAACUCUUUAGUAUCGGAGAGUGCUGCGGAGCAUCGUCGUACCAAUGCCAUGGCGCAACUUCGUUCCCAAGUGUUUAAUUCACGUCCCAACUCUGAUGUAUCGCCUCGAGACGGUCCAGGAUAUCCAAGUUUAACUGCUGCUGCUCGUUUGAGGCGCCUCAUAGCCACUCAAGCCGACUCUUCGUCCAACGCAUCUCGUCCUCCUGUGUCUAGUCGACCCAGCGAUCCUCCAUCAAGACCGUUCGGAUUCAGUAGUUCUGUGCCACCUCCGUUGCCACGAGGAGGCUUGAACGAAAGGGAGAGAGUCCGAUUUGCAGAGAUAUUGUCCGAACACAGACAUCCCCAGGCAAGAAUCGGGAAUAACAGAUCUCCGUCAAGAGAUCAUAACCACAUCUCUUCUGAAGACUCACCCGACAACAUCUUUGACCCCGUGUUUGCCGAGGUCGCGGAUUUUCGAAGUUCAGCGGAGGAAGACGCGCAGCCGCCGUAUGUGUACCGCUCACCUACACCACCGCUCCAUACUUUGCGUGCUGCGCGCUCCCGCUCUCCGCCGCAUAUCUCUUCGGAACGAGCACAGGUGUCUACUAGUGAUACGUCUGCAAGAUCCCAUCCUUUUAGCAACGUCGACUUGGAUAUGUUCCCACCUGGGAUAUACCGCGAUUCCUUACGAAGAUCGAUACAGGCCAGCCAGGGGCGUAGUAAUCCUCGCGUGCCUGUCCCUGAGCCUACCCUUUCUUCUUCUACCACGUUUUCAUUCGGAAACUCGGAUGAAGAUAAUGAUAGCGAUGACAUGGAUUCUUACUUUGGCGUCCUGGUGCGUUCCGUUUGUAAAUCACAUGUGGUACGUAUUUAGCACUGACUUAUUUGUGCAGCCAAGGCGUGGAAGGGAACACACAGCAGUCACGAGCGCACGGUUUACCUCGAGGCAUAUAAUGCCAGAGCCUGCUGCUCAAGCACCUCCCUUUGGUUUUGGCAGCGACUCUCAUGACACGCCUAAUAGCGUGUUCACUGCUGCGCGGAACCGUUUCCCUCCAUUGAGAGUUCAAGCAAGCGAUGAUCUUCUUACGAGGCAUCGCCUGAAUGAACCAGACAGUCCAAAUUCGCCUCUUGAUCCGUUCUGGACCAGCAGUAGACGAGAUGCCCCCGCGCGCAACCCUGGCCCCCAAUCUUCAUC